AUGACUGUCACUGGCAACUUCGACGGCGGCAUGAAGCUCUACGACCGCGUUCCCAGCACCUGCACCGGCGGCGAAGGCGGCCAGAAGGAUGCGGCUUUCAUUCUCGCUGACGGCGCCACUCUCAGCAACGUCAUCAUCGGAGGCGGCGCCGGCGAGGGUGUCCAGUGCGAGGGCAGUUGCAACUUGGUCAACGUCUGGUGGGACAAGGUCUGCGAGGACGGCGCCACCUUCCGCCAGACGGGCGGCACCUCCACGGUCAAGGGCGGCGGCGCGCGCGACGCCUCGGACAAGCUCUUCCAGCACAACGGCGGCGGCACCCUCGAGGUCUCUGACUUCUACGGCAGCAACAUCGGACAGUUCUGGCGCUCGUGCGGCAACUGCAAGUCCCAGGUCGCCCGCACCGCCAUCUUCAACAACAUCUACGUCGACGGCGGCAAGACCAUCGCCCACUACAACGGCAACCUCGGCGACAAGGUCACCAUCAACGGCGCCUGCGUGCUCGGCGGCGCCACCGUCUGCAAGAACUCCAAGGGCGUCACCGGCGGCGGCGAGCCCGGCAGCGCCGAGAACGACCCCACGCUCUGUGUGGAGACCAGUGUCCAGACUUCUGGCUGCUAA